UCCUUUGUUAUGUUGUAGAGUGUUCUUUUUUCUUCUUAAAAUCUAAAAAAUUAUCAUCACCACUCAACCAUUAUCUCAUUUCAUUUUCAAUAUUUGGGCUAAUCCAGUAUGUUGGAAGGAAAAGCUGUGAUUGGUGACACCGAUAUGCUUGAAAGCACACAACAAGAUGCGCUUAAUCUAGCUGCUAAAGCCCUCGAUAUCUUUGAUGUCACUGAAGCAACUGCUAUAGCUCGUUUCAUAAAGAAGGAAUUUGACAGUACUUAUGGACCGGGAUGGCAAUGCAUCGUAGGGACUGAUUUUGGUUCAUUUGUGACUCACUGUUACGGCAGUUUCAUCCAUUUCCACAUAGGGAAUCUCGCGGUUUUGCUCUUUAGGGGUUCAGCAGGGCCAGAAGCGGAAGCAGAGGCAGAGGCUGAUCAUGUAGAAGCUCUGGAGACUGAAAGCAUAAAAUAAAAGUUUACUAUGUUGAUGUUCUUUAUGCUAGUUUAUUUGUGUGGAGUACAAUGAAAUGGAAUUCCAGUUCUUAGUGUUCUUCAA